AACUGUCAAACAAUAAAUUGGAAGGAGAAAUAGUCCAAGAAUUUAUUCAUUUGGAUUCACUCUGGUACCUUUACCUUGAUGGUAACAAUCUCACAGGCACCAUAAAAGAUAGUCUUUUGAAUAUCAAUUUGAUUUCUUUGGAUAUUAGUGACAACAAAUUUGCUGGAAAUAUUCCAAGAUGGAUGGGUCACAUGACAAGUUUAGAACAACUCUCUAUGUCCAAGAAUCAUCUUGAAGGUCCUAUCCCUAUUGAGUUGUGUAGCCUGGAAUUCCUCUCUAUUUUAGACUUGUCAGAGAACAACUUAACAGGGUCAAUUCCAUCUUGCCUCAAUCAAUCCUCAAUAGAGCGUGUUCAUUUGAGUAAAAAUCACCUGGGAGGUCAACUUACACAUGCUUUUUUUAAUAACAGUGCCUUGAUAAUAUUGGAUCUUAGUUACAAUGAAUUUGUUGGAACGAUUCCAGAAUGGAUAGGCAGUGUCUCCAAAUUGAGCAUUCUUCUCCUCAAAGCAAAUCGGAUUGAUGGUAAGAUUCCAAUUCAAAUAUGUCAACUUAUGAGACUAAGUGUGUUGGACUUGUCUAGUAACCAACUGACUGGUUUAAUCCCCAAAUGCUUGGGUAAGAUAAGUUUAGAGGCUACUGAUGAAAAAUCAAAAUCCAUGGAAUCUGUGUCUAUGGCUUUCCAGUUUGAACCUACAAUGCUAAUCUAUUCCUCCAGCAGAAAUAAUUUCUUCAUUGAUGUCUCAGCAAGUAGUGCUCCUCCAGAAGUGGAAUUUACAACAAAGGGAAAUUCAUAUUACUAUGAAGGUAGCAUCCUUAAAUAUAUGUCUGGAAUUGAUCUCUCUGCUAAUAGGUUAAUUGGUGAAAUUCCAUUUGAGUUGGGAAAUUUGACUGAGAUACAUGCAUUAAACUUGUCACAUAACAACCUUAAUAGCACGAUCCCAGAAACAUUUUCUAAGUUACAUAAUAUUGAGAGCUUAGAUCUUUCCCACAACAAAUAAGAUGGGAAGAG